CAGUGCCGGCGUCGAGUGUCGCUGGAAAUAGAAGAAAAAGCAGAGAUUGUGGAAGAGAAAGAAGAAGCAGAACAAGCCGGUUGCCAGGGCGAGAGAAGGAGAGCCAGAGAGCCAGCGUGCAGCAGGACAACAGACGGCCUCUUGUUGCAGGCGAUCUUUUUGUGCUCCUGUCGUCGGGCUGGAAAUGGUAGUCGCAAAGGGCCAUGUCUCCACAAGGCAGGAGUCACGUGCGCUUAA